AUGAGUACACUCAAACGCAGUUUAGAAGCUGAUGAAAAUUCGGCAGUUACUAACGGGCACGAUGAACAAGCAGCUAUUGAAAAUGGUUCACCUGACUGUAAAAGAUCUCGGCAUUCGUCGUCACAUUCAGAAAACGAAGAUGAUACUCAAAUAAUUGACGAAGACAAUGAGCUAACUAACGACUAUUCAGCAAGUCAGUCGGAGACCGACGAUGAAACACCAGUGACAAGCAUUCAAGAAAAUACAUCACAAUACUCCGUAGUUCAUGUUGACUUCGACAAUGGCGAAAAUGAUAUCUUUCGAUAUGAUGGUACUAUUCCUUUUCAUAUCUACUUUCCCUCGCGAGGACGCAGUACUCAACUCUCCAGUGAUCCAGCAAUAAUUCGAACAUUACCAUGGACAUUAGUCGCAAAAAUCAAAGCACCUGAUGAUACAUCUUCAAAAGAUAAUGCUGGAGUGUUUUCACUUUUCCUAAAAUGUACAGUAGAUAAAGAUAUUCAAAGCUGGUCGAUACAUGCUGAAGCUCAAUUCAUUCUUCUUCAUCCAACAAAUCCGGAAAAAAACUACACUGACAAAACCAGCCAUGUGUUUAAUUCACGGGCAUAUGAUUGGGGUUAUCCGCAUUUCAAAACUUUAAAAGAAAUUUAUAGUGACUUUGUACAUGCAGAAGAUAAGACGAUUCGAAUAAUUGUGAAAAUCCACGCUGAUCCUCCACGAAACAUCGAAUGGAAUUCAAAAGAGCAGACUGAUUUCGUUGGGUUAAGAAAUAUCGCCGCAACUUGUUACAUAAAUUCAUUUUUGCAAACAAUAUUCUUUACCAAAAAGUUGCGCAAGGCGGUAUAUGCACUACCAACAGAUCACGAUGACCAAUCACAUAGCAUUCCACUGGCUUUGCAAAAGCUCUUCUAUGACUUACAGUUUUCAGAUCGUGCAGUCAGUACUAGACGAUUAACACAGUCAUUUGGAUGGGAUAAGCCUGAUGAAUUUUAUCAGCAUGAUAUUCAAGAAUUCUGUCGAGUGUUACUCGAUAAACUCGAAUGUAAAAUGGAAGGUACGACGACAGAAGGUAUCAUUCCAUCACUAUUCCAAGGGCAGUACGUGCAAUAUGUUCGAUGCACAAAUGUCGAACAUGAAUCUCGUGUAAAACAAACAUUUUACGAUGUUCCAUUACAAGUCCGGAACAAUGCGAAUAUUACGGAAAGUUUUCGCAAUUUUUGCAAAAGCGAGAUCCUAACCGGCGAGAACCUAUACGAUGCUGGUAGUGUCCAUGGUCUGCAGGAAGCAGAAAAAGGUGUGAAGUUUCAAAAAUUUCCACCUGUUCUUUGCUUACAUCUACUACGAUUUGAGUAUGAUUACAAUCUUUCGCAAAAUCGCAAAAUAAAUGACAGAUACUCCUUUGAUUAUCAACUUGAACUGAGCGAAUUCUUAGAGAAGCCGGAUUGUUCAUCAUCAUCAUCAUACACAUUACUGUCCGUAUUAGUGCAUAGCGGUGAUAAUUCUAGUGGACAUUAUGUAUCUUUUAUCAAUCCAGAUCUCGAUGGACAAUGGUUCAAGUUUGACGAUGAGGUCGUUGGGCGUGUUGCAUCAACCGACGCCAUGGAAAGAAAUUUUGGCUCCGAACUAGACGAUUGUAAUCGCAUGUACAAUAAUACUUCAGCAUAUAUGUUAGUUUACAUUCGUGACGAUUGUCAGAAAGACAUUCUGUGCGAUAUUAAUCUAGAAGAUAUUCCGGAAAGUUUAGUUAAAAGAUUUAAUCAUGAUAAAAGGCCUGUUAAACGUCGUCAAAUGACCAGUGAUAAUAGUGUCGUUGAUAUUCGUCUUAUUUUCAAUAAUGAUUUUUUCAUUCAACCAAAAUUUUGUUUAACAGAACUGAUUCGCGAAAACUCGUUCGAUUCGGCAAUGGUUCGAUAUCCUUUGCGAUACAUAACAGCACAAUGUUCCGAACUAUUCGGUGUAUUCGCACAACGAUUAGCUUCGGAAUUGGGAGUCAAUCUUGAACAUGAUAUUCGACUAUGGAUUUUUCAUACACACCAAGUUUACACGAAUCAUAAUCAGUAUCAUUCGAUGUUGCUAUUCACUUCAGGUUUAACUUACUGUAAUGACUAUAAUAAAAAGAUGUUUGAAAUAUUUGGUUACGGUCCUCCAGAGAGAACAGUAUUUUCUGUGUAUGUUGAACAGAAACUGUUCAUCAAUCAUGUUUAUCAAUUGUUACCGUUUAAUAAAAAUGAAGAUAUUUUAUUAUUUGUUCGUUUGUACAACUCACAUGAUGACACUCUAAUGUUCAUCGGUCAUUUUCUAUUUCCUCAAGAACAAAUCUUUCAGAAAUGCUUAAAUGACAUUGCACUUCGUCUUCAAAUAUCACCGUCUUCUUCAUCAACAUUCAUUGUUCACCAAAGUGUACCAAAACAUAGUCAUACUCAUCAGUACGAGUCAAUCGAUGCCGCAAAUUUCCAACUGUCGCUUUCUCAAGCACUUCGUCCAUGUUUAUCUGGUGCUUCCAUCAUUGUUCAGAUCGUUGACAUGAAAUCAACAGAUAACGAAGAGUGUCCAACAACCGCUGAUGAUUAUCUUCGGAAUCUUCUACAUCGUCAAGAAUUUGAUGUGUACAAUUGUGACAACACUCAAAACGAAUGUCUGUUUAAACUAUACCUACCAAUGAAUACAUCAAUUAAAAAUGCUAUUCGAGCGAUCGCCGAACGAAUUGAAUAUCCUGAACAGCAAAUAGUCAUUCAGAAAUGCUCCAAUGCAACGUCGAUAACUAGCAAUGCAUCUCUAACAAUAACAUUUCAUAUGUCUUGUGGGCAAAUAUUGCGAGAUCUUUAUGCAAAUAUUCGCAAUAAUCUGACCUCGCCACGCAAACUCUAUUUUAAACGAUUACCUUUUCCUUACACUGAGCUUGAACAUCGUCGUCUGUUUCGAUUCUACGCGACAGAUUCUCGAAGGAAGGACAGUCAACAUGAAGCGCAAUUCUUCGUGAAGAAAUCUUCAACUGUAGCCGGUUUUCUUGCAGAAAUCAAACAAUGGAUGCGGAUGCUUUGUUCAGAAAAUGGUAGUCAACAACUAAGAAUGAUCGAAUUAGUUGUAAGUAAUCAAAACAAUGUGCCUUUUCAACUUCGAAUUUGUUCCGAUGAAUCAUCCAUGAAUAAUUACAUCAAUUGUAUUAAUCAUUACUAUCACGUGGAAGAGGUGAAUGCGAAUGAUAUCGAUAAGAGUAAAGAUUCGGUAUCGAUACCUGUCGCUUCGUAUACGAAAGUAAAUUCGAUUCAAAUUGAUUUUCAAAAAAUCUUUCCAUUUUUUCUCAAUGUGAUACAAGAUGAAUCAUUUGAUGAAGUUAAACGCCGUUUACAAGCCAGAUUCGGUCUUUCGACUCGUGAAUUUGACAAAUAUCGAUUUUCGAUUUUUAAUGGAAAUAAGUCGAUGACUCGGUGCGAUGACAACACGUUACGCAUUAAUCUCAAUGACUUGAAAUUAUUUCAAAAUACAUGUUGGUUAGGGUUGGAAGCACCAUCGAUAUCGAAUGGUCGCAAGACGCGGAAAUCAUUCUUUUCCGAAAAACCUAUUCGGAUCCACUAG